UUUGCAUUUACAAAAGUAGAGAGGGGUUUAAUUUUAAGUUUAUAAACUUGAGGGACACAAUUACUAUAUUGGCUCAUAGAGCUUAAGAAUCCUUAUUACCACGCCGCCCUCCACCUUAGUGUCACCGCCGUCCACCCUCGCAAUCGCAAAAUCCCUGAUAAACUGAACAAACAGUGAACUUCCCUCAUGGCGGCCCGAUGAUGAUUCCCCCACUCAGUCACUGAAGACUCAUAUCGAAAAUCAGCAUUACAUUCUUUACCGAGCCAUGAAACUCCUACAUUAUCCAAUCUUUCGUUCAAUCUAUUCAAAAUCAUUUUCUUCCUCUCGGGAAAUGACGGUAUCCAAUGAGAUCCUCAACAUCAUCGAAAGAGUGGAUCCACUGGAACCAGCACUUGACAAACUAGUUCAUUUCGUCUGUCCUAAUAUUGUAUCUUCUAUUCUUGAAGAACAACGAAACAAUCCUGAAGUGGGUUUUCGAUUUUUUAUCUGGGCUGCCAAACGAAAGCGAUUUCUGAGCUGGGUUUCGAAAAAUUUAAUCGUCGAUAUGCUUGCAAAUGAUGGUGGUUUCGAUUUAUACUGGAAUGUUCUAGAGAAACUUAAGCUUUCUGGUAUACCCAUAGCUUCUAACGCUUUUGCAGCUUUGAUUUGGGGUUAUUGGAAGGUAAAUAAGGCAGAAAAGGCUGUUGAGGUUUUUGGUAGAAUGAAAGAGUUUGAUUGUAAACCUAAUUUGUUUACCUACAAUAUGAUUCUUCAUAUUACGGUUCAAAAAGAUGCGAUUUUGUUAGCUUUAGCUGUGUAUAAUGUGAUGUUGAAGUUGAAUUCGCUGCCCAAUAGUUCGACUUUUAGCAUUUUGAUUGAUGGGUUGUGUAAGAGUGGCAGGACUCAUGAUGCCCUCACACUGUUUGAUGAAAUGAGCGAAAGGGGUGUAUUGCCUAGUAAGAUUACCUAUACGGUUAUUUUAUCAGGGUUAUGUCAGGCUAAGAGAACUGAUGAUGCACAUAGGCUGCUUAAUGUGAUGAAGUGCAGAGGAUGUAGGCCGGAUUUUGUUACUUACAAUGCCUUGCUUAAUGGAUUUUGUAAAGUAGGUAGGGUUGAUGAAGCACAGGCACUUCUUAGGUCUUUUGAAAAUGAAGGUUAUCUAGUGGAUAUAAAGGGAUAUACAUGUCUGAUUGAUGGUUUUGUUAGAACUAAGAGAAUUGAUGAAGCACAAUCUGUCUUUAAAAAAUUAUUCGAAAAAAAAGCCGUUCCCGAUGUUAUAUUGUACACAACUAUGAUUCGGGGUUUAUCUGGAGCAGGUAGGGUGAAAGAGGCAUUGGGUUUGUUAAGAGAUAUGACAGGGAGAGGAGUGCAACCGGACACUCAGUGUUAUAAUACUCUAAUCAAGGGAUUUUGUGAUGCUGGCCUCUUAGACCAAGCUCGGUCACUUCAGCUAGAAAUAUCAGAAACUGAUUGCUUUCCAGACGCCUGUACUUACUCUAUUCUUAUUUGUGGAAUGUGCAGAAAUGGCCUCAUGGAGGAGGCUAGGCAUAUUUUCAGUGAGAUGGAGAAGCUAGGAUGCUUUCCUUCCGUUGUAACUUUCAAUUCUCUCAUUGAUGGUCUUUGUAAGGCUGGUGAGCUUGAGGAGGCUCAUAUAAUGUUUUACAAAAUGGAGAUAGGUAAAAAUCCUUCAUUGUUUCUUCGUCUCUCUCAAGGUGCUGAUCGAGUCCUUGACAGUGUAAGCCUGCAAAAAAUGGUUGAGAAAUUGUGUGAAACAGGUAAGAUCCUUAAAGCUUACAAGCUUCUUAUGCAGUUGGCUGAUUCUGGAGUUGUACCAAAUACAGUUACAUAUAAUAUUUUGAUCAAUGGAUUAUGCAAAUCAGGAAUAAUUAAUGGUGCUUUAAAGCUUUUUCAAGAGCUUCAAGUCAAGGGACAUUUUCCCGAUUCAAUUACAUAUGGGACACUUAUUGAUGGUCUCCAAAGGGUUGAUAGGGUAGAGGAGGCUUUUAAACUCCUUGACCAAAUGAGCAAGAAUGGCUGCAGGCCGAGUGCAGAGGUCUACAAGUCCCUUAUGACUUGGUCCUGUAGGAGGGGACAGAUCUCUAUUGCUUUUAGCCUUUGGUUGCAGUAUUUGAGAAAUCAAGCUGUUCGAGAUGGCGAGCUGAUAGGGUUAAUUGAGAAAGACUUAGAGAAAGGUGAUCUGGAAAAAGUAGUUAGAGGAUUGCUAGAGAUGGACCUAAAACUGGAAGACUUUGACUCAUCACCUUACAACAUUUGGUUGAUUGGGAUGUGUCAGGAACGCAAGCCACGCGAGGCUUUGAAGAUUUUUUCCUUACUUAUGGAGUUUCAUGUCAUGAUUUCAGCCCCAAGUUGUGUAAUGUUGAUUCAUAGUCUUUGCGAGGAAGGACACUUGGAUCAAGCAGUCGAGGUUUUCCUAUAUACUUUGGAGAGAGGUGUCCGCUUGAUGCCACGAAUUUGCAACAAAUUGCUUCAGUCCCUUCUCCGUUCUCAAGAUAAAGCACAGCAUGCUGUUGAUCUCUUGGAAAGAAUGAGGUCUAUGGGCUACAACUUAAAUGACUGCCUUCAUAGUGGUACAAGAUCUCUUUUUCGGCGAUGGAACAGGAGGGGAACAGAAAAUCUAUCACAUGGAUAAGGUUGCUUCUCAGUUUUAUCAGGAGUAAUUCAGCACCUCUAUUUGGGAAGAAACCCACCGAUGUUCACAAAAAUGAGGGUUCUUUGUGAAUCUACUGGAGUUGAUCACUUGGUCCUGGAGUUGGGAAUGGAUUUUCAUACCAAUGAUUUGAGUGCAAUUCUUGCUGUGAAACUGAGAAAAAGGUUGGGCUUUGAGAUGUGGGCAAACUGCAAAGUUGCAUCUGCUGGGCAUGCAUGUUGAGGAAAGGUGAUUCACUAAUGACAAUUAAUAUUUCCGGUCAGUGAUUUUGGGGUUGAUUUUUGUCAAGAUUUUGAGUUGGGGAUUAUUCAAAGACUCAAUUUUUAAGACUUCUGAUCUACGGUUUUGUUGUAGUUCAGAGGUUUUUGAAUUUGUGGGGUUUUAAAAACUACGUACUUGAUUAAAAUUCCAUCUAGUACUUGUAUAAAAAUUCCUCAUGCGGCAUCAAAGAACUAGAUGGAGUGGGUCUUGUUGAUAAAAAUGGUAUACCAUUAUCCAGUUGGACUUGGAAUGUUGAUCUCUCACCUUUUGAUGAUGCUCUUGAUGAAUUAUGGAUUGGAAUAUCGAGUAAACAUGGUCAACUUGAUGAACAAGAUGGAUCUUAUAUGAGUGAAUUACUCAGAAGUGUACAAUUGGUUACAGAUGUUAUGAUAAGUCUUGUCAAAGAGGAUUAUAAUGGCGGAAUCUGAAACUGCUAUAGAGAAAGAUAAGGUAACAGUAGGUGAAGAAGAGAUUAAAAGGAAGAUGCUCCUGAUUGAAAACAUGUCUAUUAAGUUAGAGGAAAUGGAAAGAUUUGCUCUGGGUACAAAUCUUAUCCUGACUUAGAUGCGGCAGAGAGUUGCAGAUUUGGUUGAAGAAACUUCUAGACAGAGGCAGACAGCUGCCGAAAAUGAGCAGGAGCUUUGUUGUUUUAAGAGAGACUUUGAGUUCUGAAAUCCUAUGUCAGUAGUCUCAUUUGUGUGAGAAAAACAAUUUGGUCAUAUGUAUAGAACCAAUUUCGGGAUUGGGCACAGUAUGAAAGAUCUUUUAGUAGUCUCAUUUGUGUGAGAGAAACAAUUCUAUCAUCAGAAAAGCAAUUCCAGACUAUUGAAAGGCUUUUUGAGCGAGAUUGUUCCAUUAAUAUCUGUGAUUUUAGGGAUGGCCAGAGGCUUGAUAUGUGGCUGUCUUGAAAUGGGGAUCUAGAUUAGAUCUUGCCGUAACUGUGUUGACUCUGGCAAAAAGGUAUAUAAUUCUCAUGUUCAAUUUGUCAUGAACACUAAAUUAGAAUGUAAGAAUCAAAGAUUUCUCCGGUAUCAUCUUCUUUUGCACCUGAAAAUAUUUUGAAUUACUCAUUAUACUAUAUGGGCGCAUGCACUAAAUCAAAAUAACAGUGCUGAGGAAUAGGCGUAAGUUAUAUUGAAAAUACGGAAGAUAAGUGAGCUUAAAUUCAGCAAUUUUUAGGGCGCGGAGCAGUCAUAUGAGAGCAGAAGUGUGGUUAGUGAACAGGAUAGCAAAUCUGCUGUGAUGGAUAAAUCUGAAUAAAGCUCCUUAACCACUGAAUCAGCUGACGUAUCUUCAAAAGCUGAAGAUAAGUUAUCGAAGGGCAGCGGGAGACUGGUAAAUGGGUACACCACCCAAGGAGUGAAGUAGCACAAGUAUGGGAACCAAGGGAAGUUUUAAGUCAACCUCAGGGGGCUCCUCUCACUAUAGUGAAUGCAGGUUCGAUGAAAGUGCUAAUGGAAGUAAGCUAGAUUGUCCAAGCCGUAUUCACAGGGGUUUACAUAAGAUCAGCUCGCUUUUCCAGAUAAGUCCAAGAAAAGAGGAUGAGUCAGGCAAUCUUGGAGAGCCUGAUUCAUCUCCACACGAGAAUCUUAGGGCAGUUAAUGCCAAGGAAAAUAGAGUGAAGAUUAUAGUGGAUGACACCAUUUCCCCUUCAUCAUUGGCAACAAAAGAAGAUGGAAAAGAGCGUCACAAAGAGGGGGAGUGAGACACAAGGCAAAGAAAAUCCUUAAACAUGCUGGCCUGUUGUGGUGACAUAAAAAAAAGCGAUAUCGCGGAAAUCAUCACGAAAAUCUAAAGGAGAACUAGAAUCAUCAGAAACAGAUAGACUGAGCUCUGUGAAAUCUGUUUCUUCUGAUGCAGAAUCUCAACCUCAUCAGUUGAUUCACCUCUGAGUUGUUUGUGAUUUGACGUACGGCUGAUUUAAGGACACCAGACAACUACUUUUAUUUGAUUAAGUUGUCCUCUACUUGAAUGCUGUCAUUCAUAGGUGCAAGAUACUUUACUUACUAUUAUAAGUGGAUGACUACAGUAGAUACAUCCAGCUUUCUUUACUUAGUGAGAAGUCCUAAGCUCUUUCUAAGUUUAACAUAUAGAGAGUUUGGAAAAUAAGUAAAAUCUCCAGAUCAAGAGGUUGAGGUCUGAACUCCAGCCGAGACUACGUGUCAAGGGUGUUUGAUUUCAUGCUCCUAAAGAUAGGAAUGAAACAUGAGCUGUCGGGUGUUCAUACUCCGCUGCAGAAUGGGGUGUUCGGAAGAAAACACCAACAUAUAGUUAAAAGUCCGAGGUGAGUUCUGAAUGUGUUAUAACAGGAUGGUUUUCUCACUUUCCGCCAUUGUUCAGUCUCUAUAAGCAGUUGAUGGUUCUUGUUCCAUUUUACUUGUAUAUGCUGUUCCUGCCUGUAAUAGCUUCAUGCCGGCUAAAGCAAAGCGGUACCAUGAGUUCAAAGUACAAUGUUUUUGUUAUGGUUUCAACUUCUGUAUACCAUGGAAUUUUUGAGGAAGAUCAAAUGCGAAUUUUAUCUUUCCUUAUUGGA